CCGGCCAUCGCCCAUCGCCCGCCCUCAUCUCGCGCAGCGUAUCAAGGCAGUGCAUCGCGCGCGGGCCGACACAUGUGACGGUACAGCUUCGAACGCCCCGAAGCGGAGGCCAACGCCAGCGACACACCAUGGCGGAAGCAAACGGCGGCGCCUCACCGCGUGACGAGGACUGGAAGGCGCAAGAUGCGGCCGACGAGCGCGAGAUUGCGAAGCUGCUGGGACAGAGCCAAGAGGGCGGCGCCGACGGGCUCGCGCUCGACGACACGCCGUUUGACCAGUCGGGCAAGGCUGACGACGCGCAAGACUUCGAGGACAUCAGCGACGACGACCUGCCCGACGAGGAGCCCAGCGGGGGCGCGUCCUUUGAGCUGCCCGGCCUGACGGACGACGGCGGCACUAGCAACGACGCCGACGACCUGUUUGGCGAAGGGCCUUCGUCCCCAGACCCGGUGCUGGGCCCGUCGUCGCCGGCGCCGCAGGUUCGCGACGACACGGACGAGGCGCAUCCGACCGACCAGAGCUUCAUCAACUUCGACCCCGACCCACACCUGAACGGGUCCGCGAACCAAGAUCCCGACAUUCCUGCCGCCGCCGAGUCGGCGCAGGACAUCCUCAAGGCAGCAUGGCCGGCGUACAAGAAGGGCCGCAUCUUGGUCUGGAGCGAUCUGCUGCCGCCCAAGCGGGCCGUCUGGAAGGAGAAGAAGCCGGCCAGGAAGCCCAAGCACCUCGUGACGAGCAAGCAGUCCCUGGAGAUGACGGGCGACCAGGAGAAGCAGUUUCGCAUCCCGGGCGCCGCCGCAACCGGCAAGCUGCGCCCGCACGAGGCCCUGCUCGCUGGGCUCGUGUACUGCGACAAGGAAAACGCCGUCAGCGAGACCGUCGCCCAGUUCGACGUCGACCAGGACUCGGACGCCGAGCCCGUCCACGGGUUCUCGCUGCGGGAUAUCGAGCUGGCGUGCGAGGACUGGAACGCCCGCAUCGCCGACAUUGAGACCGACUUCCAGUCGCGACAGGCCGCCGAGAAGGAGCUUCUGUCGCGCAAGCGGCAGGCGGAGCAGGACGAUGAGUGGGACGCCGAGUUCCUGAUGGACGCGGACGAGCCGCGGCCCAAGAGGCGGCGCAGCGUGGAGGCGGGACUGCCGGACAUUCCCCGCUACACGGCGCCGUCGUUUGACAACUUUGAAGACGCCACCCAGCGCGGCUCGAAGCGCGUCUAUCUCGACAUGUCGGAUCCGUAUCUGCUCCUCGAGACGGACCUGCAGCACCCUUCCAAGCGCGCCCGCCUCGACGCGUCCAAGAUGCGUGCAAUCGGGCGCAAGGACCUGUCGUCGCGCUUCAACCUGUCCAACGACGACGCGUACGAGCUGCUCAAGGAGAACCACCAGAGCAAGGUCCGCGCCACGCUGGGCAACAUCUCGGUCGACCACAGCAUGCCGGCCAUCAAGCUCACCUGGCCCUACUACAAGGUCAAGCUUGCCGGCACGACCGACGAGUACCACCGGCCGCGCUUCCGCUACAAGAAGUUUGCGGGCCACGCCAUCAAGUUCGACAAGCCGCAGCACUUCAAGCGCAAGCAGAUGAAGGGCAAGGCGCACGAGGUGUUUGUGCAGUCCAAGGACCUCGGCAUGGGCGACAACUCGACGGCCGUGCUGUUCGAGUACUGCGAGCCGCGGCCGCGCGUGCUCAACAACUUUGGCAUGGGGAGCAAGCUCAUCAACUACUACCGCCGCAAGGACGGCGUCAACGAGGACGAUCAGCAGCUCCCUAAGCGCGAGCUGGGCGAGUACCGCAUGCUGCUGCCCGAGGAUCGGUCGCCGUUUGCGCUGUUCGGCACGGUCGACGCCGGCGAGACGGUCCCGACGCUGCACAACGAAAUGUACCGGGCCCCCGUCUUCAAGCACACGCCGAGGACGUCGGACUUUCUCGUGGUCCGCAGCACGACGGGCGUCGAGGGCUCGCGCUGGUACCUGCGCAGGGUCGACCACCUGCACGUCGUCGGCCAGCAGUUCCCGUCGGUCGAGGUCCCGGGCCCGCACAGCCGCAAGGUGACGACGGCGUCCAAGAACAGGAUGAAGAUGCUGGCGUUCCGCAUGAUCCGCCAUAGCAAGACGGACAACUGCCAGCUCUCCGACAUCACCAAGCACAUUGCUGACUCGACUGACACCCAGAACCGCCAGAAGCUCAAGGAAUUCCUGCAGUAUGACAGGGACAGCGGCGAGAAGGGCAUGUGGCGGCUCCGGCCCGGCGAGGUGGUGCCCGACGAGGCCGGGACCCGCGCCAUGAUCAAGCCCGAGGAGGUCAGCCUGCUCGACUCGAUGCAGCUCGGCAUCAAAGAGCUCGAGGAUGCCGGCUACGACCCCCGCAACGCGCAGAUCGACGAGGACGGACAGGCCGACGCCGAGGGUGAGGACGUGGACGCCGAAGGCGGCGACGAAGAGGCCAGCAAGAUCACCAAGGCGACGACAGCCAAGAAGCUACAGGAGAAGCAGGAAGAGACGCUCGCCGACAAGAUGGCACCGUGGAAGACGACCAAGGCCUUCAUCGACGCCUGCCAGGGCAAGGCCAUGCUGCAGCUGCACGGCGAGGGCGACCCGACGGGCCACGGGCUCGGCUUCAGCUUCAUCCGCACGUCCAUGAAGGGCGGCUACAUCGAAGCGGUCCAGGGCCCGCUGGCCACGUCGGCCGACGCCAUGGAGCGUGAGAAGCGCGCUAACGGCGGCCACGCGUACAACGUCAAGAAGCAGCAGGCCAUGUACGAGGGGGGCAUCCGGGACAUUUGGCUCAAGCAAAAGUCGACGCUCUCCGACACGCAGCAGCACGACGACGGCGACGUGCAGGUCAACGAGGACGAGGACGACAGGUUCAACGUCAAUGUCGCCGCCACGCCAGCGCACUUUGACGAGGCCGUGAGCCAGAUCAGCGGGCUGACGACGUCGACCAACCGCCAUGGCAAGCGCGCGAUCCGCAUAUCGCGAGAGGUUCGGAUGUCUGAUGGCACGACGCAGACACGCAUCGAGGUCGUCCAUGAUCCGGUCGUGAUCUCGCAGUACAUGAAGCGGCGCACAGAGGCUGACCUGGAGCUGCGCGACAUCUACAGCGCGCGGCCUACGGGCAAUGCCGACCAUGACCGUCUUGCAAACCUUAGAAUCAAAAAGGAACUGGAGCGACUCGAAAAGAACAAGGCCAGACGACAGGCCCGAGAGCAGCAAAAGGAACUGCACCAGAAAGCAAGCGCAGGGGACGCUGGCUCUCCUGGGCCCAGCGGGCCCGACAAGAUACCUACGGGGACCACCCGGAAGUGUGCCAACUGCGGACAGGUCGGGCACAUCAAGACAAACAAAAAGUAUAGUCUCCCCUCCUCGUCGCGUGGCUUUCGACUGGUGGCGUGCACUUGAGCCGGAGGGAACAGAACAGGGCAAGGGCAGAGCGGGCCGCCGCAAGAAGGAGAAUGCGUUCCAGAAACUGAUGCGCAGCGCCGAUGAGCGACGCGCCGCCGAUGCAAAGGCCAGGCUCGCUCGCGAAAAGCUGGAGUCUCAAGAGGCUGAGAAGGCCGCAAAGGCGGCGGCCAAGGCGCAGGCUCAGCGCGAGCGUCUCGAGCGAGAACGCAAGCUCCAAGAGCAGCGCGAGGCCAUGAAAAGAGAGCGUGAAGAGAAGAAGCGCAAGGCGCUAGAAGAACAGGAGCGCAGGAGGCAGCAAGCGUUGCGCGACAAGGAAGAGCGCGCCCGGAAGCGCCAGCUGGAAGACGAGGAGAAGCAGCGCAAGCGCGCCGAGAAGGAGGCGGCCAAGCCCAAGUACAACUACGGACGGCUCCGGCUCUAGUGCACGCGGACGGGGGAAACGAAACAUGGCAUCAGCGAGACAUGUGCUAACCGCGUGUAGGUUGUGUCCUCUGCUCAACGGCACGAUGAAGGCGGACAACGGGGCGGCGGAGCACGGCGGCUUUGGUAACUACAACGCACCGAGCGGCACUGCAGGGUCGCCGAUUUGACGAUGGAGAUUGGGUUUCGAUUGCUUCACUGCGCGGCGUUUGGGCACAAAAGGGUGGUCAAAAGGGACGACACCAAGACGAGCUUGCAAGUAGUAUGUAUACCCAUCGGAUUUGAACUGGACGCGGUGUGUCCUGUCCCGUCUUGCGUGAACGACGUCUCUCGUUCGACAUGGUUCAACACUACUAGCUGUGUGCCUCAAUUCCGCGACUUGGGCGGCCAAGUCAUGCCCUUUUCCGUGUAGGUACCCUCGCCCCCAUACUUGCC